AUGGUCAAGCGAAGCAAGCUCCUUCAGGCGCUCGACGCCCACAAGGGUCGCGACUACGAUGCCGAGAAGCAAAAGAAGCAGGUCAAGGCUGCCGAGAAGCGAAAAGGCGUGAAGCCCGAGCCUGCGACCAAGAAGAGCAAGAGCAAGAAGGCCGAGCCUGAAGAUGAGGACGAGGUCAUGAACUCGGGAGCUGAGGAGGACAAGGAGGUUUCUGAGGAGGACGAGGCUGAGGAGGCCGGCGACGACUCCGCUGAGAACGACGAUGAGGAAGGUGAAGGCGAGGAUGAAGAGGAAGAAGAAGAAGAAGAUAUCCCGCUAUCAGACCUGGAAGAAGACGAACGCGAAGAUGUUGUCCCUCACCAACGUCUGACUAUCAACAACUCCGCCGCCAUCAACGCCUCCAUCAAGCGCAUCUCCUUCAUCACCAAGCAGACCCCAUUCUCCGAGCACAACUCGUUAGUGUCGCAAGAGCCGAUCGAAGUGCCCGACCCCAAUGACGAUCUCAACCGUGAGCUGGCCUUCUAUAAGGUCUGCCAGGCCGCCGCCAUUGAGGCCCGUGGUAUGCUGAAGAAGGAAGGCAUCUCGUUCACUCGCCCCGGUGACUACUUCGCCGAGAUGGUCAAGAACGACGAGCACAUGGACAAGAUCAAGAAGAAGCUGUACGACGAGGCUGCUGGCAAGAAGGCCGCUGCCGAGGCGCGCCGCCAGCGCGAUCUCAAGAAGUUCGGCAAGCAGGUGCAGGUCGCCAAGUUGCAGCAGCGCGCCAAGGAGAAGCGUGAUACUAUGGAGAAGAUCAACACUUUGAAGAAGAAGCGCAAGGCCGAUUCUUCCGCCCCUACCGAUGAUGCCAAUGAUCUGUUUGAUGUCGCUAUUGAAGAGGCCGGUCAGCCCGAGCGCAAGCGUGGUCGCACCGAUAGUGGGCCCAACACAAAGCGUGCGAAGAAGGACCAGAAGUUCGGAUUCGGUGGCAAGAAGCGACACAUGAAGAGCGGCGAUGCUGCCUCCACUGGUGACUUGCGCAACUUUUCUGCUAAGAAGAUGAAGGCCGGUGCGAAACGUCCUGGAAAGAGCAAGCGCAUGGCCGGCAAGCGCUAA